AUGACCUCCAACUCCACAAUUGCGCCCUCCGGAUCUGCACGGGUACGGGUAACCCGCGCGGGUCACAGGUACGGGUACUACUGGGGUACGGGUACGGGUCGGGAUUCUAAGACCCGCGCUCUUACCCGUACCCCAGCUAUACCCGUGCCUUCCAUAAACGCCAUACUUCCCGUGUGCACGCUACAACCGGCACCACCACCAAGCACUCAGACUUCCUGCCGGCAACGCAUCAGCUCUCGACUUACCGCAUCCCAGACGACACGACUGGCCCACCCUGCAAGCUGCCGGCCAGACACAGAACUCGCACCCGCCACCACAUCGCUACCAACACCUUCACAUUCGGCGGUACUCGCCGUAUCCCCCACGCCACGUUCGACAACACCCACUACGUCGCUGUGCAGCACGCUGACGGAUGCCACCAGCAAGCACCAUCCAGCACCUACGCGACACGCUGACUCGCCAGCAUCGAGCGUACACGCUCAGACCACGCCAGCAAAUGCUGGCGUGGCUCAAAUGCACACGGAAGACACCAGGACGAAGAGAGAAGGAAAAGAUGAGGAACGAGAGGAGGAAGGAAUGAUCUUGUCAGUAAGUCGCCGUCCUGACUCUGCCCCCAUUUUCUGCAAUGAGGACGCGACGCCCGACACGUCACACUCUCGCGCCACCACACCACCAUCUCCCAUUUCGACAUGCUCACCUUCGACUUCGAUCGUAUGCGACACCACCUGCCACGACAUCAGCGUCUAUUUCGACGCGUCCGUCAUUCGUGCCGUGCCUCCACUCCUCCUUCUUGUGCCAUCCACAUAUGUUCGAGUCACAUCAGCAUUUGCUGACGUGUGCUGGACAUAUGUGCUAAGCACUGGCGGUGAUACCUAUUGCGAUACAGGCUAUAAGACUUAUAGUUGGCGUUAUAGUUUUUGA